AUGGCCGUUUUUUACGCCGCGGAGCUCGGUGAUUUGAGCCAGUGGUUCGUGUUGAAUUACAUGAACCUGUGCGACGCCGUGUGGCGCACCGGAGUGGAGCUUCACAACUUUCGGCAAAUCGUCUUAUUCCUACCAACAGUUCGAGAGGCAGAAGAAGUGCAGCAGUGUGCGGAAAUUUUUUAUCAUGCGGAUCCAAGGAAAAAUAAGCCGCAGAUCAACUUGUUUAUCGUGAUCAUGCGAGACCACGAAGAAGAGAAACAGGGACAGGACAACAAGCGGCUCUCUCGACCACCAUCCAAUGUGCGUCUGCACGUGACGCUCUGGAGAAACCUUUUCGCAGAGGUUGAUGCCGCGUGGCAAAAGCAACACCCCACAACUCUGCUCCCUACGUGGCUCCACGCGCACCCCCCCUGCACAAACGACUUCGCUAACGACACUGCCACGGCGUGCAAGUCCAUCAUCCUGAACCCGCGACUGGGCGCCAACAACCUCGCCGCCGGGAUCCUGAC